AGCUGGGUUUUCAUGGGGCAGCAGCGGAGCAGGACCUGCAGCCAUGAACCGCUUCAACGGGCUCUGCAAGGUGUGCUCGGAGCGCCGCUACCGCCAGAUCACCAUCCCGAGGGGGAAGGAUGGCUUCGGCUUCACCAUCUGCUGUGACUCCCCGGUCCGCGUCCAGGCGGUGGAUUCGGGGGGCCCGGCAGACAGGGCAGGGCUGCAGCAGCUGGACACGGUGCUACAGCUGAACGAGAGGCCCGUGGAGCAUUGGAAAUGCGUGGAGCUGGCCCACGAGAUCCGGAGCUGCCCCAGUGAGAUCAUCCUGCUCGUGUGGCGCCUGGUCCCCCAAGUCAAGCCAGGGCCGGAUGGCGGGGUCCUGCGGCGGGCGUCCUGCAAGUCAGCGCAUGACCUCCAGUUGCCCCCCAACAAGCGGGAGAAGAACUGCACCCAUGGGGCCCAGGCUCGGCCUGAGCAGCGCCACAGCUGCCACCUGGUAUGUGACAGCUCAGAUGGGCUGCUGCUCGGAGGCUGGGAGCGCUACACCGAGGUGGCCAAGCGCGGGGGCCAGCAUACCCUGCCGGCGCUGUCCCGGGCCACUGCCCCCACCGACCCCAACUACAUCAUCCUGGCCCCGCUGAACCCUGGGAGCCAGCUGCUGCGGCCUGUGUACCAGGAGGAUGCCAUCCCCGAAGAAUCAGGGAGUCCCAGUAAAGGGAAGUCCUACACGGGCCUGGGGAAGAAGUCUCGGCUGAUGAAGACGGUGCAGACGAUGAAGGGCCACGGGAACUACCAGAACUGCUCAGUCAUGAGGCCACACCCCCCACACUCGAGCUAUGGCACCUACGUCACUCUGGCCCCCAAGGUCCUGGUGUUCCCCAUCUUUGUUCAGCCUUUAGAUCUCUGUAACCCUGCCCGGACCCUCCUGUUGUCAGAGGAGCUGCUGCUGUACGAGGGGAGGAACAAGGCUGCCGAGGUGACACUGUUUGCCUAUUCGGACCUGCUGCUCUUCACCAAGGAGGACGAGCCGGGCCGCUGCAACGUCCUGAGGAACCCCCUCUACCUCCAGAGUGUGAAGCUGCAGGAAGGUCCUUCGGACGACCUGAAAUUCUGCGUGCUGUAUCUGGCAGAGAAGGCAGAGUGCUUAUUCACUUUGGAAGCGCACUCGCAGGAGCAGAAGAAGAGAGUGUGCUGGUGCCUGUCAGAGAACAUCGCGAAGCAGCAACAGCUGGCGGCCUCGCCCCCACGGAGCAAGAAACUCCACCCUUACGGCUCCCUCCAGCAGGAGAUGGGGCUGGCCAACUCAACCAAUGCCACCCAGGAUAGAAGCUUUACCUCAUCAGGACAGACUCUGAUUGGCUGAGCAAACCCAAAGGCCGGACUCUGCUUCUGGCAACUUAACCCAUUCUUGGGCAUCCCCUACCACACAGUAACCUCACCUCAACUGGACCCAAAACUGAGGACCAAGAUGGUGGGCCUAGGGUCAUCUGAAGGGAGCAGCCCCACAGGUGUGUGUGGACUGGCAUCAGAAGGACUGCCGUGGUGUGAGAGGCCCUCAGGGCGCCUGCAGACUGGCAUCAGAAAGUCCUAAUGGAGAAGACUCAGAAACUUACUUCCCACAAGGAAGAAGGAGGUGAAAUAGCAUCUGGGCUUCUGGUGGUUCCAGCGCCUGCCUUGGGGGCAGCAGGAGAGGCUGGGAGGUCAGCCCUGGUGGAGAACAAUGCCAUGACCCUCCACUGCCAGAAGACAUCGUCACCCACUCAUUCAUUUGUACUCACUCAUUCAUUCCUUCAUUCAACAGAUAUUUUGGGGGCAUCUACUUUAUGCCAGGCUCUGGGCUAGGACCUGGGGAUACUGCGGAGAAUGAGAUGGACAUGGUCUCUGCUCUUAUCAAGAUUUCAGUCCUAGUAGGGGAGUCGCAUUAAAUAAAUGAACA